AUGACAUCAACGACUACACAGUCAGCUGCACCUUUAACAAAACCUUAUCUUACUCCUGCAUCCAAUAUGAAUGACAAUGUCUAUUAUCACUACACCUCGGGAGGUACAAAAAAGCCGGCCGCCGCUGCCGCCGACGCUGUAUCGACAAGUUUUAUUCAAAAGCAGCAGCAGCAAGCAUACACAUGCCGACCACGUAUGGAAGAACAACAAAUUCCACGCCGCUCUGGGAGUAAACGUGAUCAUGAUACAGCUAUCUCUACAGAUGUGGGUCGGACACAACCACCGAAACCCCCAAUAGCAGGCACAAAUCAAGUAGCAACUGAUUCAGGUGCUGUAAAAGCUGUAGAUAAUACAGAAAAAACAGCGGCACCUGUUCGGCAAAAGCCUAAACUCACCUAUAUUCUUCCAAACCAAAGUCGAGAAGAGGGUCACUUUUACGUUGUUCUUGGUGAAGAUAUUGAUGUAUCCACGCAGCGAUUUAAGAUUCUCUCUCUUCUGGGUGAGGGAACCUUUGGUAAGGUGGUGGAGGCGUGGGACCGCAAGCGGAAGGAGUACUGUGCUGUGAAGAUUGUGCGCAAUGUGCCCAAGUACACCCGCGAUGCGAAGAUUGAGAUUCAGUUCAUGGAGAAGGUGCGCCAGGCGGACGCCGCCGACCGCUUCCCGCUGAUGAAGAUCCAGCGCUACUUCCAGAACGAGACGGGCCACAUGUGCAUUGUGAUGCCCAAGUACGGCCCGUGCCUGCUCGACUGGAUCAUGAAGCACGGCGCCUUCAGCCACCGCCACCUGGCGCAGAUCAUCUUCCAGGCGGGCACCGCGCUCGACUACUUCCACACGGAGCUGCGCCUCAUGCACACGGACCUCAAGCCGGAGAACAUGCUGCUCGAGACCGGCGACGCCGCCGUCGACCCCGUCACCCGCAAGACGACGCCGCCAGACCCGUGCCGCAUUCGCAUCUGCGAUCUCGGCGGCUGCUGCGAUGAGCGCCACAGCCGCACGGCGAUUGUCUCCACGCGGCACUACCGCAGCCCGGAGGUGGUGCUCGGCCUCGGCUGGAUGUACUCCACCGACAUGUGGUCCAUGGGCUGCAUCAUCUACGAGCUGCACACCGGCAAGCUGCUGUACGACACCCACGACAACCUCGAGCACCUGCACCUGAUGGAGAAGACACUCGGCCGCCUGCCGUCGGAGUGGGCCGGCCGCUGCGGCACGGAGGAGGCGCGAAUGCUGUACAACUCCGCCGGGCAGCUGCGGCCAUGCACAGACCCGAAGCAUCUCGCCCGCAUUGCACGGGCACGGGCGGUGCGGGACAUCAUUGGGGAGCCGCUGCUCUGCGAUCUCAUCUACGGCCUGCUGCACUACGACCGCCAGAAGCGGUUGACGGCGCGGCAGAUGACGGUGCACCCAUAUGUGCUGAAGUACUACCCGGAGGCCCGCCAGCACCCCAAUUACCCCGACAACCGUCCAAAUCUGCGCCCCACACCCCUCAUGUAA